AUGUCGUUUACCAAAGAGCUUUUUGUGGCAGUUUCGGAAUUUUUGAUUUUCACAAGUUUUAUUGUUUUAUUAUAUGUCUUGAGAUUUUAUUAUGAUUAUUUCACUCGCUCUGCUUCGUAUCCGGGACCAUUUCCAUUACCCAUAAUAGGUAAUCUUCACCAAUACUAUUAUCAUCAACACGAUAUUCCACAUUGGCUCCACCAAUUGAGUUUGAAAUAUGGAGACAUAUUCGAAUUGUAUUUUGGAACCAAUAAAUAUUUGAUGGUUAGUGACGUGCGAAUAGUCGAACGGAUAAUGACUUCAAAAAAGGACAGCAACUACUUUGUUCGCGUUGCAACCAAAACCGGACUAGAUGAUUUACAAAGGGGCAGCGUUGCAAUUUUAUAUAAUGCGAAUUUUCACUCCUGGUCAUACGUUAGAAAAGUCUUUUUCAGAGUCGUGGGAUCGGCCAAUGCCUUAAGAGCCGCUGCAACUUUAGUUAAUACAGUUUUUGGAAAUUUAGAAAAGUUAUGGGACAAUUUGAUCAAAGAACGAGGUCAAUGUUUGGAUAGCAAGCAGGAACGCUCAGUGGAAGUCGAUCUUGUAUGUUGGUCAAAAAGAGUCUUUGCAGAAAUCAUCAUGUUGCUAACGGCCGGUCAACAACCUAAUUUAUUGUCGAACUACUACGAUCGAAUUAUUGGUGACAAUAUUCAAAAGAAUGCAGAUGAAGAUUUUUUGGAUCGCUUCUCCAUUGCAUCUGAUUGUGUGCAAUAUUACAUAACUGUUCCACCAGUGAUACGCAACAUUCCAAUUAUACGUCGAUAUACAAAAUACCUACAUAACAAUCUGAUGUGGACCAGAAAUUAUGCGUGCAACUUGGUCAAGGAACGCAGAAAAGAAAUAAAAAACCUCGGCAUUGGAGAGAAGUCAGCAUCCAAUGUGUUAAAUAUUCUAUUGCCAUCAAACGGUAUUCCAAACGAGAACGACAAAAUAUCCUUGACUGACGAAGAAAUCGGAGAUAAUAUAGUAGAAAUGUUUAGUGAAGGAAUUGAUAGCCCUUCAAAUACUCUGGCAUUUAUUAUUCAUUGCGUUGGAGCUAAUCCAGAUGUUGAAAGAAGUAUUAUUCAAGAAAUUAAGAACGUAUUUGGAGAUUUGACGGACUUGGUUAUUACCUAUGAAGAUUUAAAUAAGCUUGUAUAUAUAGAAGCGGUCAUAAAAGAAGUUCUGAGACUUAGGCCGGCAACAUUGACAAUCUCGCGCUUUUCGGCACAUCGUGAUCAAUUUGACGGGUACGAAAUUCCCUCAUCGACACAAAUUGCAAUAAACGUCGUUGGUUUGCACAGGAAUCAAAAUUAUUGGAACGAACCCGAAAACUUUAAUCCCUCAAGAUUUUUAGAAGACAACAUUGGUAAAAACUAUAACAAAAAUGCAUUCAUGUAUUUUGGCGGUGGAUUACGCGUGUGCCCAGCUAAACAGUUUGCAAUGGUACAACUCAAAAUGAUGGUGGUUUUGCUUUAUAGUAAAUAUACCUUUGAGGUAACCACCAAAGAUCCUUCAACAAACUACAACGUUAAUCUUCAAUGCAAAGAGCUGAUGACUAGAAUUAAACACAGAAGAUAG